GUGACAUCAAAUUGGUUGAGUGCCCAGAGGUAGUGAUGAUGAUGAUGAUGAUGAUGAUGAUGAUGAUUAUGACCUGUUGCUGAAAUGCAUGGGAAAGACGUGGCAACAUGUCCUGUCCCCAGUUGAUCUGGUUGAUUUUGUGAUGAGGGUGCUAGCUUUUUGGCCAAUGUGUGGUGGUCAUUUGUCCGUGUGAGAAAGGACCUGUGGUGGCCACAUGUCCAUGUGAGAAAGGACCUGUGAUGGCCACAUGUCCAUGUAAGAAAGGCCCUGUGGUGGCCACAUGUCCAUGUGAGAAAGGACCUGUGGUGGCCACAUGUCCGUGUGAGUGAAUGUACUUGAUCAGAGGAAGGACAACCUGCUGGCAAAUCUGCGAUAUGAGUUGGUGUUGCAGACAGUCUGUUCAGAUCGGUGGCUAAUCUAUUGCAGAUCAUGAUGAGGCAGUUGAGCCCCUUUCGAUCGAGUGGUUGAUAUCUGCAGUAUUCAUGGUAAAAAAAAUGAUUGGCUGAUUAUGUGGUCUGGAGUCAUAGUCAGCUGUUAAGGGUAUGUGGACAGCAUUUGGUAGGUGCGAUUGAAUCUGUCCUAUCUGUUGUAUUGGUCAGCCACCCGCACCAUCGACAGGGGCACACGUCAGAGGGAGAGGCUCUGAUCACCUUCUGGUUGAUUGAUUGAUUCAUUAGUCGAUUGCCUUAUCGAUUGGGUAAUGAAUGAAUUGAUCGGUGGUUGGUUGGUUGGCUGGUUGGUUGGCUGAUUUGAUUGAUUGGUUGAUUGAUUGAUUGAUUGAUUGAUUGAUUGAUUGGUUGGUUGGUUGGCUGGUUGAUGGAUUGAUUGAUUAAUUGGAUUGAUUGAUUGAUUGAGUUUUUUUUAUUUGAUUGACUGGUUCCGUUACGGAUGGAGGGGGUAGUGUUGCGGUUGUUACGCCUAUCACACUCGUCAGCUGUCAGGCGAGCGGGAGUGGAUUUGUCAAGCUGUCGAUGGGUAGCUUGCAGGUCGAGACAUCUCUUUUGGGGUGGUCGGUGCUGUUGCCAUUCUUUUCAGCGUCCAAGUCAAACGAGUAGGUCAUGGACCAUAGCUGAUGUGGACCUGCUUCGUCAUCGACUUUUCCACGGUUCUGCAGGGUACAGCAUGUUCCAGCUCAGGGCUUAUUGCAAUCGUGGCAGCCAAGAGGGAUCGAGCAGUCCUUUAGCAGAAAUAGAGGUGGAUGUGAACGACUGUGCUUUGCAAGAGCCAGAUCAUCUGCGGAGCAGCAGGUCAGCAAAGGAGCAGUCAGGGGAAGGGCGUGCUGACGCGAAACACAAACAUUUGUCAAGAGAGGCAAAUGCAGCCAAGGAACAGAAUGCGGAGCACACAGCCAAGGCAAAGUUCGAUACAAAGGGAGAACAAUUGUAUCAACCCGGCAAAACAGGUCAGGAACGGAAUGCAGGACCGGCGGAGGGGGGUCAUCUUCUUGAUCUUGAAGGAGGACAUUUGACUUUGUCAAAAGAUGCGGCAGGUGUCCAGGAACAGAAUGUGGAACAGCCAGGAGAGCCACAUUAUGUUCCUGGACUGGAGAUGGAACAGAUGAGAGAGGCACAUUUUGUUCCUGGACCGGAUGUAGAACUGACGAGGAAGGCACAUUCGGUACCUGGAACGGAUGUGGAGCGGACAGGAGAGGCGUGUCUUGGUACGGAUGAAGAAAAAUUGUCAUUUGAGGUGAAAGAAGGUGCUGAGGAGCAGAAUGUAGAGGACAUGGUGGAGGUGUGUGUUGAUGCGAAUGAGCCACAACGACAUUGGGUAAAAGAUGUUCAAGAAGCCCAAGAAGAGAAUUUGCAAAAUGGUGGUAUUUCCAAUCCGGUGCCCAUAAGAAGGCUGAGUCCGGAUGAACUGAAGAAAAAGAAGGGUGUGAGGAAGCUUGCAGAGAUGCUGUUUCUUAUUCAAAAGGCAGAGAAAAAACGAGAUGCUGCACUGGCGAAGUUGAAAAAGAUGGAGGACGAUUAUGUUGAAGGCUUGAAGAAGUGCGCUGCAUCAAUUGAGAAGGACCCGGUGAUCUUAAGCGAAGAAGAUAGAAAGGCACUAAGGAAAAAGGGUCUGAGGCAAAAGUCCUAUCUCCCAGUGGGUCGGAGGGGUAUUUUCGGCGGAACGAUUGAGAACAUGCACCUGCACUGGAAGCGGCAUGAAGUCGUCAAAGUCGAGUUUUCCACCACGCCGAAGCACAUGAUGCGUGCGGUAGCAGAGCAGCUCGCUCGGCUCAGCGGCGGCAUACUGCUCGACAUCGUCAAUCGCAAUGAAGUCCUCGUAUACCGAGGAAAGAACUAUGAACGACCGCCGCAGAUUCGACCAAAGCAAAUGAUCAGCAAACGACAGUGUAUCCAUGAAGUCCAUGGACAAGCUUUCACCAGGCCUUUCCGAAAUCGGAAGGGGCUUCAGGAGCCCAAGAGGAGCCUGGGUUGCGAAACAGCAGGCUGCGCGGUAACGGCAACCUGCAACGUAGAUUGGGUAAACACUGUCUGUACAGGAACCUGCAAACUAGAUCCUGCUGAUAACCCUCCUGAUAGCGGCAUGCCCAGGGAAACGAUAGCGACCGAUGAUGGGGCUACAUAUGGGGAUACCCCGGUCACCGGUGGGACAAAAGGAGGAGGCUGUGCAGGCAAGCGAGUACUCUGGCGCCAAAAGCGUCAUGAUCACACCCUCGUCGUCUUUGAUGACGAAACUGUGGAGAGGUGGCCAUUGGAGGCCGAGGGUGUGACGAGCAGCAAUGAGUCCGGAAAGGGGGACGUCAAUGCUGCCGUGGUCAAUAAGGGAGGACCACGACCGCCAGGAAAAAGGAGGAGACCGCGCUCGUUCCCGGAGCAUCCUGGUAUUGCGGCCGGAAAGCCCUGGGAGAAGAUGGACGUAGACCAAAAGACUUGGCAAGAACGGAUGGACAAUGCGCAGUGCCUAAAAUUGCCACGUCAGCAGUGUCACGUCAGCAAUAGUGCCACGUCAGCAGUGCCACGUCAGCAGUGCCACAUCAGCAGUGCCACAGUGCCACAUCAGCAGUGCCCCGCCGCCGUGACGGGCUCAGUUCUGGGCAUGCCAGGCCAACUGGCAAAUGAGUCCAUUGCCGAGUACCGACAACGGUUCGAAACUCUUUUCGCACUAAUCGCGGCUGAGGAACAGCGCCAGCUGGCAGCCGAGGCUAUGCGCCUACAGGCUGAAGCGGCAGCAACAGCUGAGAAGGAGCGGCUUCAGGCCGAAGCAGACGCAGAUACCCAGGCACGCCGCAAGGAAGCCAAGGAUCUGCUACAGCGGCAUGAAGCCACCAACAUCGAAAGGCUCAAGUUUUGGCACUUUGAACCAUUCGAGGAGCACGACGACGCGACACCAGAGGAGCAACACAGGGAAUUCAUGGCCAAACUCGUGACUCGGUUGGUCUACACUUGUAACCACCUGCAGUCGGAGCUGGUCUUGGAGCAAGUUGCACCAAGACCGGAGGCUGGCGAGUCCAACAGUGCACCCUCUGCCCGUCAACUGGAGCAAUGCGUCGACCACGUCGUCGCAAUGCUCGGCGACAUCAGCACCUUCGCCGCGCCAACCACCAUCAGCAAACAGUUGGACACCUUGAAGACCGAGGUCCAGCAACUGCAGCUGCCUAACAAGGAUGGCAACAGCACAACACAUUAUAAGAUGCCGACAUUCCAAAUUGAGAAAUUCGAUGACUACACGCAUCAAGACCUUGUCCUCUGGUGGGAGGGCUUUACAACGCAACUUCGGAUUCUGUUCGUCGCCAAGCACGCAUACAUUUGCGCCCUGUUUCUCAACUCAAAGGGCGGAUGCCAGAUCUGGUUAAGCCACCUGGCAACCGUCCACGGCGUCGACGUCGCAGAUCUGAAGGAUAAGAUUUCAUGGGAAGAGCUAACACGGCUGUGGAAGAAGCGGUUCAUCGUGGACGACACACCUGCACUCGCCAUCAACCGUCUCUUUGGCAUGACGCAAGGCAACACAGCAACACGUGACUGGCUCAUGGAAUGGCAGAAGAUCGCAGCAACGCCCGAUCUUGACUUGCCAUUUUCGCAUCUGCGCUGCGAGUUCUACAACAGGUCAUGUGCCGCAUUGAGCCUUGCACUUGUUGAUCGUGACCAAUAUGCAACCUUCGCUGAAAUCAUUGACAAGGCGAGGGAGAUCAUCAAGACCAACAGGGCAGCUGCACAUGAGAAGUCAACAUGGCAGCCAACCUAUGUGGAGAAGGUGAGAACUCUUCCUCGACUGCAGCAUGUCGCUGCAGCCCAAUCGGACAACAUUGUGGAAGACCCGGCAGCCACCCAAGCGUCACUACCAACUCCGUUGAUGGACGCCAGAGUAGAGGAUGUCGACCUUCACGCCUACAUUGCGAGGAUCGACCGCGAGUUCAAGACGCAACGCCGGCGUUUGGACGAGCAUGUGGAACACCUGCGCACCGGUUUGGAGCGGCUACGACAAGCCAAGUACAAAGCCAACCGCGACAAAUGCGAAUUCGCGCGGCAGGAGCUGGAGUACUUGGGACAUUAUGUGUCGCCGCAAGACAUCCGUCCGCUUGCGGACAAGAUCGAGGCAAUCCGCGUAUGGCCCGAGCCCACCAACACCACGGACGUUCGCUCAUUCAUGGGGUUGGUGGGUUACUAUCAGCGAUUCAUCAUCGGAUACUCACGGAUUGCCGCACCUAUGACGAGAUUACAAUCGUCAAAGGUGCCAUUCGUAUUCGAUGACGACGCACGCUGGUCAUUCCAAGCACUCAAGACGGCCAUGCUCAUGGCACCCGUCCUUAGCAUCUAUGACCCCACCCUGCCUACGAGAGUGACAACCGACGCUUCCGGCUAUGGCAUUGGGGCAGUCUUGGAACAACGCGACGGCGACGACUGGCACCCUGUGGAGUAUUUCAGCCACAAAGUGCCUCCCAUCAAUUCGCUUGAUGAUGCAAGGAAGGAGCUGCUCGCGUUCGUGAUGGCUCUCAAGCGAUGGCGGCACUUCCUCCUUGGGCGUCGUAGGUUCGCAUGGGUUACGGACAACAACCCACUAACUUACUACAAGACGCAGGGUACGGAGAGCAGCACGAUCGGACGAUGGAUGUACUUCAUCGACCAACUUGACUUCACACUGAAACAUCUCCCCGGCCUCUCCAAUCGCGCAGCAGAUGCACUCUCACGAAGACCUGAUCUUUGCGCUAUGACAGAUCAUGCCUUCGCAUUCGACGGUCGACACUUCAUCCGGACUUCGCCACGUUGUAUGCGCAGCUAUCUUCGGAUCACCCGCCAGCCAGCCUCUAUCGCAUUGUCGACGGGUACUUGCUCCUCCACUCGAGAGGCAAGGACUUAUUGUGUGUCCCACGAGACCGUUGUCUUCGGACUCGCCUUCUCGGGGAGUACCAUGACUCGCGACUCGCCGGCCAGUUCGGAGUCAACCAAACUAUUGCACGGCUUCGACAACGAUUCCGAUGGCCCGACCUCAUUACCGAUGUCACUCGGUAUUGCGACUCUUGCGAAGUUUGCCGACGAAGUAAGCCCCGCAAUCGCAACCCCUACGGCGCUGGAGAAAUCGAUCUUGGAGCAGCGAGUAGGGGACAUCAAUCGACAUAUUAGAAAGCUUCAGGAAGAAUUGGAGCUGGAAGCCCACACCUUACUCGUUGUGCCGUCAGAUGUCAAGAUGCUUCUUCAUGACCUUGGUGUAUCAACAGAAGCGGAGCUAGAAAAGAAACGUGAAAGACGUCAGAGGAGGUUGAACCUUUUCAAGUCGGACAACCAACAGGAUGAGUCAUCUGAAAACUCCGACAUCCCAAUCUCUGACACUACUUCACCAGCAACAGGAGUUAGUGAAGGUGCAGGUACAACAGCCCAUGAGCACACUGUAUUGCCAUUGUCAUCAUCAUUGUGAUUGUCAUUAUCAUCAUCAUCGUCGUUGUCAUCAACAUUGUCACCGUUAACACGUCAUCAUCAUUAUCAACAUCUUGACAAUCUGUUGAUUAGGUAUGGAGAUGGAGGACUAGAAAGGAGAUAGAGGCCAUCCUGUCGAAAAUGACCGACCACAAUGAGGCAAUGGGAGCGGAUGGUGAAUUGUGAGGAGCAUUAGCUAUACUUCGAGAGGCUUUUUGUGUACAUCAGCUUACAACUUUUACAGUUUUCCCUUUAUUUUUUUCCUUUUUUUUAAUGUUUUUUUUAAUCAAGAGAGCUCCAAGCU